CAUUUGGGUCUGGUGUUGGGGCAUUUGGAUCUGAUGUUGGAGCAUUUGGGUCUGGUGUUGGGGCAUUUGGAUCUGAUGUUGGAGCAUUUGGGUCUGGUGUUGGGGCAUUUGGAUCUGAUGUUGGAGCAUUUGGAUCUGAUGUUGGGGCAUUUGGGUCUGGUGUUGGGGCAUUUGGGUCUGGUGUUGGAGCAUUUGGGUCUGGUGUUGGAGCAUUUGGAUCUGGUGUUGGGGCAUUUGGAUCUGAUGUUGGAGCAUUUGGGUCAGGUGUUGGAGCAUUUGGAUCUGGUGUUGUAGCAUUUGGAUCUGGUGUUGGAGCAUUUGGGUCAGGUGUUGUAGCAUUUGGAUCUGGUGUUGGUGCAUUUGGGGUUGGUGCUAUAAAAUAA